AUGUCAAAAUCAUCCUCUUCUUCUUCCUCUACCACACCAAAAGAAACACAUGAAGUGUUCCUUAGUUUCAGAGGCGACGAUACUCGCAAGAAAUUCACAAGCCAUCUCAAUAGUGCACUAAGAAGGUUAGAUAUAAAGACCUAUAUCGACGACAAUCUAGAAAGAGGAGAUGAAAUAUCACACGCGCUUCUCAAAGCGAUUGAGGAAGCGAAACUAUCUGUGAUAGUUUUCUCGAAAAACUACGCGAAUUCAAAAUGGUGUUUAGAUGAAGUUGUGAAGAUACUUGAGUGUAGGAAAAGUAAUAGGCAAGUUAUUUUGCCAGUUUUCUAUGAAGUUGAUCCUUUCCAUGUUCGACAUCAAAGAGGAAGUUACGCUGAGGCGUUUGCGAAACAUGAAGAACGUUACGCGAAUAAAAUGAACAUGGUGCAAAAAUGGAGAGAUGCUUUGGGUGAAGCAGCCAAUACUUCUGGAUGGGAUUCCUUGUCCAACAUCAACAGAACAGAAUCUGAACUUGUUGAAGAAAUCGCGAAGGAUGUUAUGCAAAAGCUAAACUAUGUUGAUGUUAGUGAUCUAAGCAAGCAAAUUACGAAAUUAGAGCAACUUGCAGAACUUCAGCUUCAAUAUUAUAAAACCAUAUCGAAUUACAGGAAUAAAGAAAGUUACGAGGCAACAGUUGAACGCAUAACUGAACUUAAAAUGAUAAGAAGUAUUCGAAUGCUUCGUUUGGAACCAGAGAUGAUUUCAUACAUGGAAGGUUCAGAAGCUUAUGAAAGGUUUUUUUAG